UCCUGUUGCAUAUUUAAACAGCAGGCAUGAGUCAGUUUACACAUUCAUCUGAUCACUAGAGGGAGUGAAGAAUCACUUCAGUUCAGUCAAACUGUGCUGAGAAACAAACCAUGAUCUCUUCAUCUUUAGUGCUGCUUCUGGCAGUCAUAUCCUGUAUUGAUUCAUAUGAACUCACUCAGCCUGAGUCUCUGACUGUCCGUCCUGAUGCCACUCUCACUAUCAACUGUAAAGUCUCAUAUUCAGUUACAAGUGAGCGUACAGCCUGGAUUCGUCAACCUGCAGGAAAAGCUCUGGAGUGGAUUGGAAUCAUCUGGAGUGAUGGAAGCUUGUACUACAAGGAUUCUCUGAAAAGCAAGUUCAGUAUCAGCAGAGACACUUCCAGUAACACAAUAACACUGCAAGGAAAGAAUAUGCGAGCUGAAGACACAGCUGUGUAUUAUUGUGCCAGACGUACACAGUGUGUUAACGGUCAGAGCUUGGAGUCCAUCCCAUCAAGUCCUGUCACCAAAAAGCCUGGAGAAACUCUGAAUCUCUCGUGUAAAGGAUCUGGAUUUGAUUUUGGACGGUACGGCAUGCACUGGAUCAGACAGUCAGCAGGACAAACAUUCAUCUGGAUAGGGGUUAUCUGGUAUGACGCCAGUAAAACGGUGUAUGCUAAAAGUGUAGAGGGACGAAUAGAGAUCACUAGAGACAAUCCAAACAGCAUGGUGUACCUGAAACUCUCUGGUCUGACAACAGAAGAUACAGCUGUAUAUUACUGUGCAGGAUACACACAAUGA